UUCCAGGAGAGUCAAGCUUCUGCUCUGGCCCGCCCACCUGUCCAGGUUCAGCAGUCCCAGCCGGAAGCCACCUCCACGGGCUGUGCACAGUGUCUGAAGGACUUGUGCCCCAGGGCUGCCUGGCGCCUGGGGUGUCCCUGGCGUUUUCUGACAGAGGCCGAGGCUCACCAAUGUCGUCAGGCCUCUCCAUGACAGAAGCAAACCAAACCGAGUUCUCAGUGUAUAACACCACAUCAGCAAUGGCCCCUGGACUGGGCACCGGGGGCCGGGCGUGGCCCGUGCUGGUGGGGGUUGUGCUGGGGGCGGUGGUCCUCUCCAUACUCAUCGCGCUUGCUGCCAAGUGCCACCUCUGCCGCAAGUACCGUGCCAGCUAUCAGCAUCGCCCACUGUCGGGAACGAGGAGCGGGAACCACCCACAGGUGGGUGAAGAUGAAGAUGAUGACGGCUUCAUCGAGGACAAUUACAUUCAGCCUGGGGCCGGUGAGAUGGACACAGCAGGCAGCCGGGACCACUUCGCUCUGUGAGCCCCAUCUUUGGACACUCCCCACUUCCCUCCAUGCCCGGCACUUGAAAGACAGUGAUGCCUCAAGCCUCAGGGUCAGAAGUGGCUAGUACGUAAAGCUUGACCAGGACUCUGUUUUCCAUUACUAGUCGCCAAAGUGACAAUUCUGUUUCUCAGUAACUCUUCGCGUGGCUCCCUGCCGUCCCAGGAUAAACCCUGACAGUGCAUGAAUGUGGGGAAAGGCCCCGGGAGCAGGCCUCUUGAUUUCCUUUCCUUGCCCCCCCCUAGUUUUUACCGUAGUCACCCCCUGCCUGGGCUGCUUUUGCCCUUCAUCACGAUGGCAGCCCUGACCUACAAGUCCCAGGAUUUCACACAUGCCCCAGCAGAAGGCCGUGCCAAAUUUCUUACUGAAAAAAAUUUUCUUACCAAAAUAAAGUAUGUGACUUGGUUUUAAUAUGUCAUGUUUUUUCACAGGAAUUAAUAAACCUAUUUUCAUUUUGGAUUAA